AUGGCUUCCACUAUUGACAACGAUUUGAUUGAAAGUGAUUUGCCAAAGGCUGUACAGCUGCUGAAUACUCUCACAGAGCAGGUGGCUUCAGUCACAAGUCAUGUCCGCAAGUUGCUAACAAAUGUCAAAGAUGGGGCGUUUAAGACAUCAAAGGGUUUGUCUUUCUUGGAUCUUCGGUAUCACCUGCUGCUCUUCUACCUUCAAGACCUCACUCAUCUGAUUAGCAUCAAGACAGAAGGAGGCAAAAUCAAGGACAGUGAAGCCUUGAACAGGGUGGUCACAAUUAGAACGGUCUUGGAGAAGAUGCGACCGCUAGACCACAAACUGAAAUACCAGAUUGAUAAACUGGUGCGCACAGCUAUCACCGGCAGCUUAGCUGAAAAUGACCCACUGCAGCUGCGUCCUAACCCUGAGAAUCUCAUCAGCAAACUGAGUGAAUCUGAGGAGUCUGAAGGUGAUGCUGACAACAAGGCGGACUCAGAGAAGAGAGCAGCUCACUCUAGUGGCAGGAGAUAUGUACCGCCCAAGAUCGCCCCAGUGCAUUAUGAUGGCGACAUGACAGAAGCAGACAAGAAGAAAGCUCAGGUGGAGCGUCAGCGGCGAGCAGCCCUCAGAAGUUCUGUGAUCCAGGAGCUUCGACAGCAGUACAGCGACGCCCCCGAUGAGAUCAGGGACCGACAGGACUUCCAGAGCGAGCGGGACAGCCGCGAGGAGAUCCACAGGAAAAAUUAUGAGGAGUCGAUGAUGGUGCGUCUCAACAUGCCGAAGCGUCAGAAGAACUCCAAAAAGAGAGGCAUGAUGUCUAUGUCCGGCCAGCUGAGCGGGAUCACACACUUCAGUGACAUCACGGCGCUGACAGGCGGCGAGGGCGGCCAGGAUGGGGACAACCCUCGCCCCAAGAAAAAGAAGAAACUUAUGAAGAAGAAAACUAAAAGAAGAGCUUUCAAGAAGCAUAAAUAGAUCUGAACCGUGGCGCCCGACAAUGUUCAAAGACCAUCAUCACGUCAGUUUAAAGGAUUCUAUUACCAACAAGUCUUACCAAUGUAUACAUUCUCCAAAAGCUUUGCAUAGUUUUUCACGUUUGCGGAAUAAACAUUUACUGUUAAC